AUGGUUAUGACUAGUUUUCAAAACACUCUAGUUUCAUCUCCUGUUUAUAUGUCGACAUCAGAUGAAUCAGAAGAGAUACAUCAUCAGCAAGGUAAGAUGAUGAUCGACGAAAGGAGGCAAAGGAGGAAGAAAUCCAACAGGGAAUCUGCUCAGAGAUCUAGAAUGAGGAAGCAAAGGCACUUAGAUGAGCUUUGGUCACAAGUUAUUCGUCUUCGAAAUGAGAAUAAUAAUCUAAUUGAGAAGCUGAAUCAUAUAAGAAACAGGUGGUCUGAAAGAGUUAAAAUGAUGCCAUUACAUGCUGAUCCACUAGAAACAGAUAAUUUCAUUCUAAAUGCUAGAGUAAAUAGUAAUGGCUAUCCGCCAACUAGUCUCCACUAG